AUGGAUUUCAAUUGGGCCGUCUCGUGGAACCGAGCAACCCUGCGUUUGAUGGGAAUUUGGCCGAUCGACCAAAAAAAUGGCUCAAGGUAUUCAAGGGUGCGCGUGCCAUUCAUGAUUUUGGUCAUAUUUUUCGGACUCUUCGUACCCCAGUGCCACGCCCUGACUUUGGUCGUGUACCACCUACCGCUUGUCAUAGAUAACUUCAUGACAACAUCGCCGGCAAUGGUUUCUUGUAUGAAGCUCUACUUUAUAUGGCGUCAGACAAAAGUAUUGCGACCGGUGCUCAAGUCCAUGUCCAGGGACUGGGUUGGAGCGAAGCGCGACUGGGAGCACGAGAUAAUGAGGUCCGCGGCGGAAAAGGGCCGACUCGUGACGAUCGUCGACUACAUUGUCAUGGCGGUAUGCUACUGCGGCUUCGUGGUCGCCCCCUUGAUCGGUUUCGACCUCCGGCUCAUCAACGGCAUCACCGACUACGGAGCCCGCACCCUCCUCGUCCAGUCGUACUACCCGUUCGACUACUCGGCAACUCCUACCUUCGAAUUGGCGUACACACUGCAGUUUCUGGGCUCUUUCUUCGUCGGCCUCGCCGUUUCCGUCCUCGACGAUUACUACGUGGCUCUUCUUUAUCACGCCAGCGCCCAGUUUCAAAUCCUCGGCAUCGACAUUCAACACCUGCUUCGGGACGGUGCCAAGGACAUCGGUGACUUUGACCGAAGGCUUCGGACUUCCAUCGACAGGCACGUCCAUCUCAUUGGAAUUGUUUCAGCUAUCGAGAAAGCGUUUGGAUUCGUGAUUGCAGCUCAAAUUUUCUGCAUGUCCACGAUGAUUUGCUGCUUGGGAUUUCAAAUUCUUGGGAUACUCGACGUAGCGGACAACAAACCCACGGCCCUUCAAAUAAUCACGCUGACGGGAACUCUGGUAACAAUGAUGCUUCACACGCUUGUCCAUUGCCUUACGAGCGAAAUUCUGGCAUUCAGAAGCGCCGAUAUUUUCUACAAAAUAUAUUGCAGCGAGUGGUAUACAUUGCCCUGGAGGAAAAGGCGCUACCUCGUACCAAUGAUGCUCGUGUCAAGUGUUACCCGGCAGAUCAAGGCAGGAUACAUUUUACGAAUGUCUUUGGUGACGUAUUGCGGUAUUAUCAAAUCAACAGCAGGAUACAUCAGCGUACUCAUUGCUGCUAGUAAACGGGGAAGAUGA